UUUAUCACAGUUAUACUCAAUUGAACAUAUCAGAAUUAGUUACUUUAGGCAUCAUCAUUAUUUAAUUUUGUGCAGAAAACACCUCUUUGGGCCGCCAAAUAGAUUGAGUUGUAGGCUAGAAUAGAGGUAGGCUAUACGGUCUCAGUGCACUCUCAUUCGUUCUACCAUUGGGCUUACAAAACACAUUUAGGCCCUAGUUGUUGGUCUCUUCUGUCAACUAAUUUUCCCACUUCUAUGCGGAAGCGCUUCGAUCUUCCAACUCUAUGGCAGUGAUGCUGUUUCAUGCUUGUAGCUCCAAGGGUAGAUUUCUACAUUUUAUAAAUGAAGCUGUUCGCCUGACCAAACGCAUGACGUGGGUUGCGCUUUGGUUCACCCACCGUUGCGCGUUAAACGAGUUCCACUCGAUCUGUGAGAUAGGGCUCUAAUGCUUUUAACACACUGCUACGGCUGGAAUUUUGUAACCCACCCUUCAUAUCUGACAGUGUAGAAACCACCUCACCGCACAGGUGCAGCAACUUUGUCAUCAGGUGUACAGUGCGCUGAUUGGUUGAAUCAGCGCUCUGUUUGCGAUGUGGGUUUCUCUUCUCACCUGAAUGUCGCGCACACAGAAGGUUCCAAGAUUUCCUAUUUAAAACUGGGUGUGUGGAUUAUGUAACAAAAUCAGACACUGUUUGUGAGAUUAACGUCAAAUGUUUGAGGAAUAAUCAUCUUUGCUUCCGACGUAAUCUGAGCUCCUCACAGGGGGAGACGAAAUGUCCUCUUCUUUAGGCUGGUUCAACUCGUGGACCUGAACAGUCAACCAUCUUGCCUCAUCAGGAAAACGUUGAAGAUAGUAAAUAGCACAGUCUCUGGAGCACCAGGCCGCUGCCUCACAUCCCAGACAUGGAGCUGCGGGAGGAGUGGCAGGAUGAGGAGUUCCCCAGGCCACUCCCUGAGAACACACAGAACGAGGAUGAGGAUGAGCUGGAGAGUCCUGUUGCCAAUGGAAACCGGCCGGCUCCCCCCAGCAGCCUGGCUCUGUCGGGGACGGCGGUGCGUAAGAAGCGUCUGGUGGCGCCCACGCUGAGCCUGACGCUGGACCAGGCCGACUCGCUGGAGCGCAGCCUCAAGUCGGACGAGUUCUCCGCGGCCGCCCUCUCGCCCUCGCCGGACGACACCGACAUGGACAUCAACCUGGACGCCUUGGAAACGCCCUCAGACAGCGAGUCCUGCAACUUCCCCGGCAGCACAUACGACCUGGAGUGGGAAGAUGACCUGCCCAGGAUGGGCGUGGAGGAGGAGGGGGGUCGUGCCAGCUCUCCCGCCAUGGCCAACCUGGAGCUGGACCAGGUGGACAGCCGGGGUCGGCGCUGGCGGCGCUUCUGCAUCUCGGGCCAGGACUACCACGUCAACAUGAGUGUGCUGGAACCCUACCUACAGGUCCUCUCCCACGGAGGCUACUAUGGUGAAGGAAUGACUGCCAUUGUCCUGUUCUCCUCCUGCUACCUCCCUGAGAACACCAUUGAGGGCUAUGAAUAUGUAAUGGAUAACCUGUUCAAGUACAUAGUGGGAACACUGGACCUCAUGGUAUCUGAGAACUACCUCAUGGUGUACCUGUGUGGAAUGGCCCCCAGAAACAAGAUGCCUGCCAUCAAAUGGCUGCGGCAGUGUUACAACUCUAUAGACAGGAGGUUGAGGAAAGACCUGAAGGGUUUGCUGGUGGUGCAUCCUGCGUGGUACAUCAAAGCUCUGAUCACACUCGUCAAGCCCUUCAUAAGUGAGAAGUUCAGCCGGAAGGUGAAAUUCAUCCAGAGCCUUCAGGAGCUCUCUGAGUUCAUCCCCAUGGACCAUCUGGAGAUCCCAGCCUGUGUCCAAGAAUAUGACGCCGGUCUGAACAGCUGAAGCAGCAGCCGUGGGCCGGGACGGUGUGUUAGUGCGCUGCUGGUGGUGGUGGUGGUGGUGGUGAUGGUGUCCUUGGCUGCCUGCCUGCCUGAGGAGGGGGGGGCAGUGAUGCCAUGACCCAAACUCGAGGCUCUUAGAAGGGGCCAAAACCAUCUCCAGUCAUUCGAGACUCCCAAAGGCACUCCUGUAUCUAUUUCUUUAUUUAUGGACUCUUAUUUAAUCACUGUUGGAGCUCCCUGUUGUGGCGUUUCUCACAACCUUGUCUACGCAACAGUGGAGAGACUUUUAUUUUUAAAAAGCUCUUAACUUUAUAGGAAUGCAAUCCGUGGGGAGUCUAUUUAUAUCUUAACUUUUGCUGCACACCCACACAAGAAGAAGAAGAAAACAAAGAAGAAAAAGAAGGAGAUUUUGAUAACUUAUUUGAUAAACUGUUUUUAUUCUAUGACAACAAGAAGAAAGUCGAAAUGAAUGACCUUUUAACCUUAAACUUAAGACCAACAAUGCUGUGUUUAUCAUCCCUCUGAUUGCACAACACCUGGGCGAGCGGAGUACUGAUGAGGCCCACUUUAGUGUAGUGUAGUGUAGUGCAGUCAGGCUUUUUUUUUUAAAAAGCUCUUAACUUUAUAGGAAUGCAAUCUGCGGGGAGCCUAUUUAGAUCUUAACUUUUGCUGCACACCCACACAAGAAGAAGAAGAAGAAGAAGGGGAUUUUAAUGAACUGUUUUUAUUCUAUGACGACAAGGAGAAAGUAAAAAUGAAUGACCUUUUUACCUUAAACUGUAACCUUAAAGACCAACAAUGCUG